AUGGCAAAUUUACUAUCUCAAAGCGACGUGGGGCGGCUCGCUAACCGUUCGACAGCGCAGCUGGCUCUUGCUGCAGUACUUGUAUGGGUUCUUAUGCUCAGGCCAAUUUAUCUGCUUUACUUCCAUCCCCUCAGCAGAUUUCCUGGACCAAAGCUCUGGGCCGUGACUCGCUGGGGCGUUUCUCGCGCGAUCAUCAGCGGCAAGUCGCACGAUAUCAUUCUCGACUUGCACAAAAAAUACGGUCCUAUCGUGCGAAUUGCCCCUGAUGAGCUCGCUUUCCAGUCAAUCUCGGCGUGGACGGAUAUCGGUGGUCACCGCAAACUGGGGCAACCGGAAAUGACAAAGGAACCCGUUUUCAAUGAAGCGUUCAAAGACAAUCUACUUGGUGUGACGAAGCGCGAAGACCAUUCACGCAUGCGUAGAAUCUUGUCGCGCGGCUUCUCAGCAUCGACAAUGCAGAAACAGGAGCCAUUUCUGCAGCGUUACGUGGACAAGCUUAUCUCCGAAUUGAGGAAACGGUGCGAUGACGGCCGAGCGCUCAUCAACAUUGAGGCGUGGUUCAGCUUUACAGCAUUUGAUAUUAUUGGUGAUCUGACUUUUGGGGAAUCUUUUGGUUCUCUGGACAGUGGCGGCCAUCAUCCAUGGGCUUCUCUCAUCUUUGAUACGACGAGGUUUGUCAUUCUUGCGAAUUGUUUGAAGAGAAUCAACAGACUGUUCCUUCCUAUUCUCUUCUUCAUCACUCCCAAAGGACUUGCAAAAAGACUACGAGAGAAUCAACAACUUACCGAUGCCAAAAUUGCGAAACGGCGUGCUCUGGGUGCUACCCGGCCUGACUACAUGACUGCUAUGCUUGGCGACGACGAGAAAGGCGAGUUCCUCUCGGAUGCAGAAAUUACGUCCAACUGUACUGCCUUAAUACUCGGAGGCGCAGAAACAAUCUCCAGUGCUCUCAGUGCCACGACCUAUUACCUCGCGACAAAUCCCCACACCUUAGCGAAGGCAGUCGAAGAAGUGCGUUCCGCAUUUACAACCGAAGAAGAAAUAACCUUGACAAGAACUGGGCAACUCAAGUAUCUCAAUGCUGUGAUUACGGAAUCGUUGCGCAUGUUUCCCCCGUUUGCUGGAGUUUCGCCACGCCAGGUACCUGCAGGCGGUGCUACGAUUGCCGGCGAGUUUAUCCCUGAGAAUACAACUGUUGGCAUCUGGCACUGGAGUAUGACCAGAUGUCCAGACUUCUUUUUACAUGCUGAUGAAUUCCACCCUGAGCGAUGGCUCGAUGAUCCCAGGUUCCAGGCCGAUCAAAAACAAGCCUCGCAGCCUUUCGCCGUUGGUCCGCGAAAUUGUAUCGGCAUGAACCUGGCGUAUGUCGAGCUGCGUCUGAUACUGGCGAGGAUCCUCUGGAACUUUGAGCUGACGUUGGAUGAGAGCUGUGCAAACUGGGUAGACAAUCUGGUCGAGUAUUUCGGCUGGGAGAAGACUCCACUGUACGUUCGUUUGGCCCCCAGGUGAAAGUAGAUUUGAUCAUAGGCACUGUGGCACUGGGCUUGCUUGCGUGCGUUGUAUAGAUCAAUCAUUGCGAGGUGAUCCUCCUUGCGUCAGUUUUGGAAUGGGGCCAUGGGAGGACCCAGUUGCAUCGUUGAUGGCAUCAAUUGAGUGUUUCAGCAGUUAUCCAACCCACCCGAAUGGAAUCUAUGUGCAUGCGUAUGGGCGCGAAUUUAGGUUAUCGCCCGAAGGCUCCACAUGGCUCCACAUGGGACACUGGGCCCACUCCUGCAUACAGACAAGGUGUAUACCCUGCCAGUCUAGCCAGCCGGCGUGGGGGAAUAUCCUGAGCUUAUGCGGGCUCCACAUACGUCCCGAAGUAUCUCAGUACUCGGGUUCCAGCUGAAUGGUUCGCAUUAUUGUCUAGUCAGCCCUAAUUUCAUUCUUCUACUCCUAGAAACAGAUCGGCUUCAUAAGCAUUAUCUACCAGACGAGGCCGGAGUAAUCACGCC